GCACUUCAAAAAUAUCACUGGUUCAAUCCCACAAUCCAUCACAAAGUUAAAGCAUCUGGUAUUGCUGGAUCUCAGUGAUUUGAGUCUGUCAGGGCCGGUUCCCAACUUCCUUAACCAACUCACUCUUCUCGACAGACUCGUUCUCUCAGACAAUCAAUUCUCUGGUUCCGUUCCACCCAAUCUCUCAGACCUUAAAGAUAUUAGAAACAUUUAUCUCGACGGGAACAAACUCACCGGUUCAAUCCCGGAGUCUUAUGGGAAAUUCACUGGUACUGCACCUGCGCUUUACUUGGCUCGCAAUAAACUCACUGGUCCGAUUCCAAAAUCUUUUGGAGCUUUGGCAUAUCCCUAUAUUGACUUGUCAAGGAACAAACUUACAGGGGAUGCAUCCAUGCUUAUUAAACCCAACCAUGAUUUCACAACAUUCAUCGACCUGUCGAGGAACCAGUUUGAGUUUGAUCUAUCAAAGGUAAAGUUUCCAAAGAACUUAAAUUGGUUUGAUAUAUCACAUAACAAAAUAUUUGGUGCAAUCCCUGAUGAGAUUAAGAAUUUGGAAAGUUUGAAUCAGUUGAAGCUAGGUUACAACAGAGCUAGCUCAGAUUUAGAACAGAGUAAAGUUGAUUCUAGUUUCAGUGAGUCUUACAUUGCCACCUUCCUUGAUAGUAACCAGGGUUUUACACACAUGGUUCCUUUAGCUUCAGGAAAUGAAAGCAUACAAGUGUUUGAAACAGUUGCUUACACAUGUAAUAUGAUGUCAGACACAAUGAAAACUGAUUGA